AUGCCUGUCUUUCCAGAGCAGGCCAUCAGCAUUGUGCGUGGGCUGAGCUCAGUGGAGGUAAUGGAGCCUAAGGAAGCUCGCUUCAGAGUGGAAACCAGUAUCAAGGCAGAGCGAGCUCCCAAGUGGACUUUAAAUGGAGCGCUGCUGUUCUCCAGCCCGGAGGUGAAGAUCGAGAGGGAAGGAACCUCCCACCGGCUCAUCUUCACCAACACGGACAGCAGCAUGUGUGGCACUGUCCAGUUCAGCUCAGGGAAGAGCAGAACCACUGCAGAGCUCACCGUUACAGAGCGUCCCCUAGUGGUCAAGCAGCCCAUUUCAGAUAUAGACGUCAAAGAUAACGGGACAGUGACCCUCACUUGUGAGUUCUGCCCCUCUCCCAGAGUAGUACGCUGGUUUAAAGGUAGGACCCCACUCUUGAACUCCAGCAAGUACAGCAUGAGGCGUGAAAAGAACCGUGCUGAGUUGACCAUUGUGGGGGUGAAGGCCGGGGACUCUGGGGAAUAUCGGUGCCUGGCUGGAGGAGCUGAGAGCAGAGGGCGGGUCAAUGUGGAAGUGAAAAGACUGAAGACGAUUCGGCAUCUGCAGCAGGUGGAGACAGAGGAAGAUGGAACAGCAGUGUUUUCCUGUGAGCUAAACCACGAGUCUCCCAGUGUUCAGUGGCUCCUCAACGACAGAAUAAUACACCACAACUAUAUUAACAGGAUCCAGAACUCAGGAAAGAUCUACAGCCUCAUUCUCAAAAGGCUCGCUCCACAGGAGAGCAGGGUGACCUUCAAAACCAUCGGUCUCAGUGAGUCCACCACACUCAGGGUGAAAGAGAAGCCAGCAGUGUUCCUCAGAUCUUUGGAAGACCUCGUCGCAGAGGAGCGCAGCCAAGCAUGUUUACAAUGUCUCGUCUCUAAAGAAGCAGUAAACCCUGUUUGGAGGAAGGACGGUGCAGUUUUAUCUUCCAGCGAGAAGCAUGAACCUCUCCAUAAAGGCAAGUUAUUAUCUCUCAUCAUCCACAAGCUCAGAAAAGAUGAUGACGGGGAAUACUCCUGCGAUGUGGGAACCAGCCAAUCAAAAGCCAAGCUCGUUGUUCGAGAUCUCCACAUUACCAUCAUUAAGCGCUUGAAGACCGUUUCGGUUGUUGAGGGGGAGGACUGCAGUUUCGAAUGCAUCUUGUCACAUGACAUCAUUGAUGAAGCUUCCUGGACACUGAAUGGUCAGCUGAUCGUCAGCAAUGGUAGAAUCCAGGUUGCGAACAAGGGGCGCACAUAUACGAUGGACAUCCAUGAGGUGGUGAUAUCUGAUGCUGGGGAUGUGGUCUUCACCAUUAAGGACCUCAGCUGCAGGACUAUGCUGUUUGUCAAAGAAAAGCCAGUGAGGGUCUUCAGGGAAAUGCUGAAUGUGAAAGCUACACCAGGAGAAGAUGCAGAGCUCAGCUGUGAGAUCACAAAGCCUCAGGCCACCAUCAAGUGGCUGAAGAACGGCAGGUUGAUCAGAGCAAGCCUUAAAUAUGAGAUUAGCCAGGAAGGCUAUUUGGUGAGACUGAUCAUUUGUAACACCACGGUAAAGGACUCGGGGGAGUACUGCUGUGAGGCUGAUGGAACUGCUACCAGAGCAAGGUUAGAGGUUAGAGACUUGCAGCACUCGUUUGCAAGAGAGUUGAAAGACCUGCGAGCAGAGGAGAAGAGCAUGGCCAUUCUGGAGUGUGAAACCAGAAGACCUGCCAGUAAAGUGACCUGGUUAAAGGGGAUGGUAGUGCUGAGUUCAGGCCAGAAGUACCUGAUGAAGAAGAAAGGAACUGUCCUAUGCCUCACCAUCUUCAACCUGGAGAAGACUGACAGUGAUCUGUACAUCUGUGAUGUUGGAACCAUGCAGAGCAGAGCCUUACUCACAGUACAGGGUCAGAAAGUGCUCAUCUUGGACGAACUGGAGGAUGUUGAGUGUCUAGAAGGAGACACUGUGAUGUUCAAGUGCCGCAUCUGUCCAAGCGACUACACUGAGGUUAAAUGGUACCUAGAUGAGACCCAGCUCUACACAAAUGAUCUAAAUGAGAUUAGCAUAAUCCCUGGUGGAUACCAUACUCUUACCAUCAAACAGCUUGAACGCAAAGAUACUGGAACCAUCUCUUUUGAAGCUGGAGACAAGAGAUCCUAUGCUUCACUGCUUGUAAGAGAAAGGCGCCCAACAAUUACCAAAGCACUAGAGGACACUGAAGCUAUUGAGGGUGGAAGUUUGGUGCUUCUCUGCAGGACCUCCAAACCAUGCCAUAUCCUGUGGUACAAAGAUGGCUGCUUAGUGUGGAACUCCUCCAACUUCUUGAUGAGUCGAUGCGGAAACGAAGCCCGGUUGACCAUCCGUGAGGUCAGAGACACCGAUGCAGGAGUGUAUGAAUGCGAUGCUGGAUCGGUCAGAACCAAGGCAGUUGUGACUGUGAAAGCGGUUCCUGCUGAAUUUACUAAGCAGCUUCAGAGUCAGGAAGCUGAGGAGGGAGGCAGCGUGACGCUGUCCUGUGAGUUUUCCGUACCUGGUGUUCAGUACUUAUGGCGUAAAGGAGCAGAGACACUGCGAUCCGGAGAGAAGUACCUGAUGAAACAACGUAAAAAUCACAUUUCCCUCACAAUCCACAAGCUGAAGCCUGAGGACUCAGGAACCUACACUUGCCUUUGCAGAAACCAGAGAACCAUGGCCACCAUUACUGUCAAUGCUGUCCCCAUCACCUUCAUCAAGGAACUGAAAAACCAGGAAUCGGAGGAAGGCAGGCCCGUGACGUUACGCUGUGAACUCUCCAAGGCUGGAGUGAUCGUGGAGUGGCUGAGGGAGGAGGAGGUGCUAAACCAUGGGAUGAAAUAUCUGAUGCGGCAAAUAGUGACAAUACAGGAGCUGGUAAUCAGGGACGCAGUGCCGGAGGACAGUGGAACCUACAGCUGUGUGUGUUCAGGCCUGCGGACCAAAGCUGCAAUCCAGAUUAACGCUCAACCAAUCACAUUCAGGCAGAAGCUGAAGUCUCAGAUGGUGGAGGAAGGAAACAGUGUGGUUCUGCACUGUGAGUUAUCAAAACCUGGACUUCCUGUGGAAUGGAGGAAGGGCAGUACGCUGCUCAAGUCUGGAGAGAAGUACCAGAUCCGACAGAGAGGUCCAGUGAUGGAGAUGAAGAUCUUCUCUUUGAGUUGUGAAGACAGUGAUGUUUACUGCUGUUCUUACGGCAAUGUCCAGACUUCGGCUAAAGUUACUGUUAGCAGGCAACUAGUCAGUUUUAAUGAGAAGCUAAAGAACCAGGUGGUAGAGGAGGGUAAGACAGUGACUCUGCAGUGCGAACUGUCCAAAGCUGGUGUUCCAGUGGAAUGGUGGAACGGAGAGGAGCUUCUCCAGCCUGGGCAAAAGUAUCAGAUGAGAGAAAGAGACGCGACACAUGAGCUCAUCAUCAAAGCCACGGUGCCUGAGGACAGCGGAGUCUACAAGUGUGUGUGUGGAGACCAAAAGACCAAAGCGACCGUCAGAGUUGUUGGAUUGCCUGCCACUUUCUCACAAAACCUGAAGAAUCAGGAAUGUUCAGAAGAAGGCAGUGUGGUUCUAAGAUGCGAGCUGUCUAAAUCUGACGUACCUGUGGAGUGGUGGAAAGGUGAGGAACGCCUCGUGCCCAGUGGAAGAUACCAUAUGAAACAGGAGGGUAGAAUCAAUGAGCUGGAAAUCAGCAAUAUUCAUCCCAACGAUGCUGGGAUGUACAGCUGUGUUACUGGAAACCAGAAGAGCAUCGCAGAGUUGAAAGUCAAAGCUCUUCCCAUCACUUUCAAACGGGAGCUCCAGGACCAGGUUUGGAAGGAAGGGGAAAGUGCGGAAUUCACCUGCGAACUGUCCAAACCAGGAGCUCCAGUCGAGUGGAGGAAGGGACGACUUGCUCUGAAACCUGGAGGGAAGUACAAGAUGAAGCUGGAGGGAAGACUGACCAAGUUAGUUAUAAACUCCCUCGAAGAGGGGGAUUCUGGGAAGUAUAUUUGUAAAACUAAAGAUGCGCAGUCAUCGGCUGAACUCACGGUGCAAGUUCUUCCUGCCACCUUCAAAACCAGUCUGAAGAACCUGGAAGCUCAAGAGGGGAACAGCGUCAGUCUGCACUGUGAACUCUCCAGAGCUGGAGUACGGGUAGACUGGUGGAAAGGUGGUGAAAUGUUAUUUACCGGGGAAAGGUAUCAGCUGAGGCAGAGAGACGCAACGGCCGAGCUGCUAAUAAGAAAAGCCCAACCUGAGGAUAGUGGAGUGUACCGCUGUGUGUGUGGAGAACAGAGCACUGAGGCUACCAUUAAAGUCAAUGCUCUUCCCAUCACGUUCAAACAAGAACUGAAGAACCAGGAGGUUGAAGAGGGGAACAGCGCCACGCUACGAUGUGAGCUCUCUAAAGCUGGAGUUCAAGUGGAAUGGUGGAAAGGUGAUGUAGGUGAAGAACUUCUUAAAUCUGGGGAGAAGUACCAAAUGAGACAAACGGCGACAAAAGUGGAGCUUGUGAUCAGGAAAGCUGUACCUGAGGAUAGUGGUGUCUACGUUUGUGUCUGCCCAGACCAGAAAUCCAAAGCUACUCUCAAAAUCAAUGCUCUACCAGUGACCUUCAAACAAACCUUGAGAAACCAGGAGACAGUUGAAGGCAACAGCAUCACUUUGCGCUGUGAGCUUUCCAAACCUGGAGCAUCGGUGAAGUGGUGGAAAGGUCAGGAAGUGCUGAGCCUGGGUGAAAAAUACUACAUGAAAACCGAGGGACGGAUUGCGGAGAUGAUUGUUAGGAACGUGGUGUUUGAAGAUGCUGGCUCUUACAGCUGUUCUAUAGGAGACCAAAAGACUACCUCAGAAAUCAAAGUUCGGGCGCUACCAGUAACAUUCAAACAGGAACUCCAAAACCAAGUUUCUAAAGAAGGUGGAACUGCGAUGUUCAGCUGUGAGCUCUCAAAACCUGGAGCUCCGGUGGACUGGAGGAAGGGAAGAGUCAUUCUGAAGGCUGGAGAAAAAUACGAGAUGAAACAGGAAGGAAGAGUCACCAAACUCAUCAUACACAACACGGAGCAAAGUGAUGCUGGGAACUAUUCCUGUAAAACCAAGGAUUCUGAGUCAACCGCUAAGCUUACAGUUCAGGUUCCACCCAUCGUCUUCAAAGUGAAGCUGAAGAAUCAGGAGGUUGAGGAAGACACCACUGUAAGCCUGCGCUGUGAGCUGUCCAAAGCCGGCGUUCCUGUCCAGUGGAGGAAAGGAGAGGAAGUGCUGAAGUCUGGACUGAAGUAUCUGAUUAGGCAUCAGGAGUCCAAGAUGGAGCUGAUUAUCAAGAAAGCGAUGCCUGAAGACAGCGGAGUCUACAGCUGCAUAUGUGGAGAUCAGAAAACUAAAGCCACCGUCAAAGUUUUUGCGACUCCAGUAACAUUCAAACAAAACCUGAAGAACCAGGAGGCUCCAGAAGGAGGCGUGGUAAUCCUGCACUGUGAGCUGUCUAAAGCUGGGGUACCUGUUCAGUGGUGGAAAGGUGAAGAGGAGCUCAGUAACGGAGCCAAAUAUAGGAUAAAGCAGGAGGGAUCGGCUGCUGAGCUGCACAUUAAAAACGUCCUGCCGAUGGAUGUUGGGGAGUAUAGCUGCGUUAUUGGAGACCAAAAGACUACAGCGGAAGUGAAUGUGAGGGCUGCAGCUUCUGUGUUCUUCGAGAAGGAGCUUCAGAGUCAGGAGGCAAUGGAAGGAGACUCGGUCAUGUUCAGCUGUUUAUUGUCCAGUUUAAACGCUCCAGUGACCUGGAAAAAAGACUCGAAGCAGAUCACACAAGGUGGACGAUUCACCCUGCACCAGAAAGGCUCGACUCACGAGCUCGCCAUCAGAAAGCUGAAGCCUGAGGACGCUGGGGUUUACUCCUGUAACACCAGGGGCAAGAAGUCCUCUGCCACUCUCAGAGUGAUCGAGCGGGUGAGGAUCGUGCGAGAGCUUCAGGAGCUCACUGUCACCGCGGGAGAAAACGCUCAUUUCGUAUGCGAGCUUUCUCACGAGAACGUCACCGACGGGGUGUGGUGGCUCGGCUCCAACGUUCUGCAGGAGAAUGAGAUGAAUCAGAUGAGCUGCCGAGGCUGCGAGCAUCACCUGGUUCUCACCAUGACCACACCCGAGGAGUCGGGCGUGGUGGCGUUCGUGGUGGGAGAGGAGAGGACCUCAGCUCGACUGAGAGUCAACAGCAAACCUAAAGUUCUGAUAGAAGAGAAGCUGAAGGACGUGGUGAUCUUUGAGGGUGAUACCGCUACCUUAUCCUGCAUUACCUCUGAUAACUGCACACCUGUCGUCUGGAAAAGGAACAACGUCACGCUGCUGGCUGGAGAGAAGUACGAACCUCGCAAAGAAGGGAAGCGAAACCUGCUGCUGAUACACAGAGUGGGAGCGGAGGAUGCUGGGGUUUAUGUGUGUGAUACAGGAGACGUGCAGAGUACUGCUACUCUCAGAAUUAAAGAGCGUCUGAUGUUUUUCCGUGAGGAGCUUCAGAACCAGCAGGCUGAGGAGGGUGAAACUGCCUUUUUAUGCUGCCAGAUCUCCAAACCUGGAGUUGCAGUGCAGUGGAAGAAGGGAGCUGUUCUGCUGAGACCAGGAAACAAGUAUGAAAUAAAGCAGGAUGGAUGUGAACUACAACUUCAGAUCCACGACCUCACAGUUCAGGACAGCGGGGCCUACAGGUGCUGUGCUGACGGCAUUGAGACGACAGCCAGUCUUACUGUUAAAGAACAACCGCUGUUCUUCCGUGAGGAACUCCAAACUAUGGAAGCGGAGGAGGGUGAAACUGCGUUCCUGUGCUGUGAGCUGUCCAGACCUGGAGUUCCAGUUCAGUGGAAGAAAGGAACAGUGCCUCUGAGAGCUGGAAGCAAAUAUGAGAUGAAGCAAGAUGGCUGUGAACUAGAGCUUCAGAUACACGAUCUGAAAUGUCACGACAGUGGAGUCUACAGAUGCUGUGCUGGAACACUGGAGACGAGGGCUAAUAUUGUAGUCAAAGAGCAACCACUAUUCUUCAGCGAGGAUCUUCAGAACCAGCAGGCUGAAGAGGGUGAAACUGCGUUCCUGUGCUGUGAGAUCUCUAAACCUGGAGCCGCCGUGAGGUGGAAGAAGGGAGCUGUGGUUCUGACACCAGGAGAUAAAUAUGAGCUGAAGCAGGACGGCUGUAAACUGCAGCUGAAGAUCCAUGACCUGAUGGGGAAGGACAGCGGUGUUUACAGAUGCUGCGCUGGUAGUUCGGUUACUUCAGCAUCUGUUACAGUUAAAGAACAGCCCCUUUUCUUCCGUGUGGAGCUGGAAAGUCUGGAAGCAGUGGAGGGUGAGGAUGCCCUGCUGUGCUGUGAGCUCUCUAAACCUGCUUCUGCAGUGCAGUGGAAGAAGGGCACAGUGCUGUUGAGGAAUGGAGAGAAGUAUGAAAUGAAGCAGAACAGCUGCCAGUUCCAGCUUAAAAUCCAUAAUCUGACAAAUCAAGACAGUGGCUCAUAUAAAUGCUGUGCAAGUGGUGUUGUGACUACAGGAUGCCUGGAAGUGAGAGAGCAGCCAGUGUUCUUCAGUGUGGAGCUUCAGAGUGUGGAAGCAGAGGAAAGUGAAGCUGCUUUGCUGUGCUGUGAGCUCUCCAAACCUGGAGUUUCAGUGCAGUGGAAGAAAGGUGCAGUAAUCCUGAGAUCUGGGAGUAAAUAUGAGAUGGAUCAGGAUGGCUGUGAGGUACAGCUUAAAAUCCACAAUUUAUCAAAACAGGACAGCGGUAUAUACACAUGCUGUGCUGGCAGGCUCGAAACUGCUGUGUCCCUGGAUGUUAAAGAAAAACCUCUGAUCUUCUAUAAGGAGCUCAAAAACCAGGAAGCUCUGGAGGGUGAGGAUGCUUUGCUGUGCUGUGAAAUCUCUAAGCCUGGAGCUCCAGUGCAGUGGAAGAAAGGGACGGUGCUUCUGAAGGCUGGAGAUAAAUAUGAAAUGAAACAAGAUGGAAACAAGCUGGAGCUUAAAAUCCAUGAUCUUAAGAGUCAAGACACUGGUUCCUACAAGUGCUGUGCUGGUAGUGCAGUGACCACAGCGUCUGUUGUAGUUAAAGAACGACCUUUGUUUUUCUGCAAGGAGCUUGAAAGUCAAGAAGGAAAGGAAGGUGAAACUGUUGUGAUCUCCUGUGAACUUUCCAAGCCCACUGUUGCAAUACAGUGGAAAAAGGGAGCAGUGUUGCUAAAAAAUGGAACUAAGUAUGAGAUUAAGCAGAGCAACUGUGAGCUACAACUUAAAAUCCAUAACUUAAAGACUCAGGACAGUGGCUCCUACAGGUGCUGUGCUGGGAACAUAGAGACAACAGGAACGGUUCUUGUAAAAGGGUUUCCGAACAAACCUGAGCACAUCCCUGAUGUACCACCACGUGCUAAGGGUAAGGCUAUCCAAGAAGUUCCUGUUCUUGAUGGAGAAAGCAAUGUUCCUAAAGAGAAAAGGCCAGCCAUUAUUCAGAUACCUGUGGACUCUGUCGUUGGGCAAAUGAAGGAUGACCAUCUAGAUCAUAGUGUGAAGAGGACAGAGGAGCAAAACGUUCAGAGUAAACCAUUAUUAAAACCAAAGAAGAAGGAGGAAGACAAGCCAAAGAUGACGGUAAACACCACAAAGCCUACUUUCUUGGAGGAAAUGUCUAAGAUUCCUUCUUCUGCAGACCACAUUUCCACAAAACUAGUAACGAGUAACAAACAGCAAGAGAUUCCAGCUGAAGAAACCCAAGAAAAGACUUUACAGAAAGGUCAGAUUCAAGACCUGAAAACAACAGAAGAUAAGCAUAAGAUGAAAUCUGAAAGUACACCUCAAGCACCACCUCGCUCUAGAAGAAGAUCAAGCCAGUCAAGUGUUGAUCUCCAAGGACAAGACAGUAUACUUGAACCAAAGAAACAGUUCAUUGUCAAGAAGCCAUCUGUGGAAACAGCAUUAGAUGGUGAACAACUGAAUCUAAAACAGAAGACAAGAGAAGAGAAAGAUGACAUAAUGGAAGUGGUAUCAAAGCAAAAAGUAAACAAGGCUGUUGUUUCUAAUGAAAAACAUUUAGAAAACAAAAAUAUAAGAUCCACCAGUGAAGCUAAGGAGAACCUGCCUAAGGAGAAGCAUGUUGUGGAGAAAGUGGCAAGUGAUAAAGUUAUAGACCAGAGAAGUAAGAAGCAACAUCUAACUGCAGAGAAAGCCUCUGAAAUGUCAAUUAAACAGGCAGAGACCAGAGAGGCAUCUUUGGAAACAAUUUUACAACUGAGUGAACAACUGGAAGAACCUUCUCAAAGACAAAAAGCAAUGGACAAGAACACAGUUGUAUAUGUUGGGAAACAUCCAGAAUCCAAAAAGGUUCUACCCUCCAGUGAGCCUAAGGAUAUUUUAGAUGUCCAGAUAAGCAAGAAGCAAGAACUUAUUGCAGAGAAACCCUCAAAAAUGUCAAUUGAACAAGAAGUGUCCAAAGAGGCAUCUAUGCCAACGACUUACCCAGACAAUUUGCAGAGUGAACAACUGAAUGAACCCUCGCAAAAACAAAAAGUGUUGGGUAAGAAACCAGUUGGACAUACUGAGAAACACCAAGAACCCAAGAAAGUUCCAUCCUCUAGUGAGCCAGAGGUGAAUCUGCCAAAGCAGGAUGUGGAGAAGGCAGCAAGUUAUAAUGUUGUAGAGCAGAGAGGUAAGAUGCAACAAUUAAUUGCAAAGAAACCCUCAAAAAUGUCAACUGAACCGGAAGUGUCCAAAGAGGCGUCUAUGCUAACGACUUACCCAGACAAUUUACAGAGUGAACAACUGAAUGAACCCUCCCAAAAACAAAAAAAAUUGGGUACUAAACAAGUUGGACAUGCUGGAAAACAUCAAGAAACCAAGAAAGUUCCAUCCUCUAGUGAGCCGGAGGGGAAUCUGCCAAAGCAGGAUGUGGAGAAAGCAAAAAGCAAUAAUGUUGUAGAGCAGAAAGAUAAGAUGCAACAUCUAAUCACUGGGAAAUCCAUUGAUAUGUCAAGCGAGCCCUCUCUGGAAACGACUUGUGCAGACAAUUUGCAGAGCAAACAACUGGAAGAACCUUUGCAAAGGCAAAAAGUCGUAGACAAGACACCAGAUGUGUAUGCUGGAAAACAUCCAGAACCUAAAAGAGAGGUACCACUCUCCAGUGAGCCUGAGGGGAAUCUGCCAAAGUAUGUUGUUGAGAAAGAAAAAAGUGGGAACAUUGUAGACCAGAGAUCUGGAACUUCAGAGGGAGCAUCAGACAAGAAAAUUGAACACGCCCUUUAUCAGGAGGCUAAGCAACAUGAACAGAAGGUACCACAGACAGUUCAUAAAGAGAUAACCAGGAAUGAAGCUCCUAAAAUAGAAAUGAAUCAAUCGAUAACUCAACCUCAAACAAGAAUAGCAAUUGAAACCAGUGUUGAAGGUGCAAGUGUGGAUCAAAGUAUUGAAGACCAAAGGACUAGGAAAGAGAUUGACCCAGCAAAAGCACUUCUAGAGUCAGCAAAUGUCGCUAUCCAAACUCUGGACACCCUGAACCAACAACAAGCUCAGGAUACCUCUGGUAUAGAAAUAAGUGCUGAGGAUGAAUCGGAGAUGUUAGAGGCAGCCAUAAAGAUCCAAGCUGUCUUCAAGGGUUUCAAAGCUCGGAAGGACAUGCGCCCUGUCUUCAAAGAGGUCUUCAAGAACCAGACUGUGGAGUCAAGUGGCACAGCUCGUCUGGAGUGUGUUGUUGAUGGUAAGGCCAGCAUUGUGCGCUGGCUGAAGGAUGGAGUUGAUCUGAAGUCAGGAAAACGGCACAAGAUCAGCCAUAGCGAGGAUGGCAGGUGCAUUUUGAUCAUUUCCAGUGUAACUCCUAAAGAUGCAGGAGUUUAUACCUGUGAAAUAGGCAAUAAGUUUGGGACAAUUAGCUACAAUGGGAAUGUGACUGUGGGUCAUCCCAAGAAGCCUAUAGUGCAAACUCCACAGAGACCAGAACACAAAGCUGAACAGACUUCUAAAACUGAAGAGGAGUCACUGAGGCAUGCCUAUGACCUGCCUGGAGAGGACGCCUACAGCAAGAUAGAAGAGAAAAGGAAAAGUCUUAUUUCGGUCAGCUCUGUGUCCUGUGCAUCAGAUUAUGAGACCGCCCCAGAUGCAGAGACAGGCUACCUUUCCAGAGAAAACAAAGUUGCCAAAACACAAGUCAGUUCUCCCAAAGUUCCUCAGGUUUCCCAAAGUUCAGAAGAACAAGUGCCUGUCAGUCCUGAACCACGAAAGGCGAUUGUACAGUUGGCAGUUAAAGGCAGUGACUCAAAAAGCAGAACACCAUCCCCCAAAUACUCUCCUACCUACAAGUCCUCCACCAACAUAGAGUCUCUCUCAGAGUCAGACGAAGAUGAAGACAGAGCAGAGACGUUUGAUAUCUACGUGGCCAAAGCGGACUGCCACCCCACCGGCGGUAACAAAGAAACCUUUCUCCUCAAGGAAGGCCGGUUUGUGGAGGUCCUUGAUUCUGUACACCCAGUUAAAUGGCUUGUCCGUACUAAACCGACCAAAACCACGCCAUCCCGCCAAGGAUGGAUAUCUCCAGCAUACCUGGAGAAGAAGACGAAGGAACUGUUUUCACUGGCUCAAGAACAUGAGGCAAAGGAUGUUUCUAGUAAAGGAAGAAAAACACCCCCGAAGGAUGAAUAUAGAGUGACAUUAAGUCAGUUGAUCAAAGGUCUUCUUGAUGGAGAGAACGAGUUUGUGAGAGAGAUGAACUUCUUUGUGGAGCAUCAUUUACACUACAUAGAGACCAGCUCCCAGGUGCCAUCCACUCUUCUCAGCCAGAAAGAGUACAUAUUCCGCAACAUUAAGGACAUGGCAAGCUUUCACGAAUGCUGUAUUUUGCCAAAACUAGGCCAGUGCACAACAGACGAUGACGUGGCCCAGUGCUUUGUGCAUUACGCUCCAGACUUUGAGAUGUAUCUUCAGUAUUUUUUAGGCCAGUCACAAGCUGAGGCCUGUGUGUCUGAUAAAAACACACAGCAUUUCUUUAAACAAUACGCCAACACUGCAUUUGCACGCCUGGAUACUCAGAUCUUCAGUGUCGGAACGUACUUGCAGAGACCACUGGAGAGGAUUCAGACCUACAGGACUGUCCUUAAGGAGCUGAUAAGGAAUAAAGCGAAAAGUGGGCAGAGCUGCUGUUUGCUAGAGGAUGCAUUUUCCAUGGUGUCCAGUUUGCCUUGGCGUUCAGAGAACCUGCAGCACGUAUCCAUGAUUGAGAACUACCCAGCACCACUUAAAGGCCUUGGAGAACCAAUCCAGCAGGGUUCCUUCACCGUAUGGGAGGAAGCACCAGGGACCAAAAUCUCAUUGAGAGGUCAUCACCGCCACGUCUUCCUCUUCAAGGACUGCGUCAUCUUCUGCAAGCUGAAGAGGGACCUGAACACACACGCCGAAGUCUACGUGUUCAAAAACAAGAUGAAGCUGAGUGACAUCGACCUGAAGGACACCGUGGAAGGGGAUGACAGAUGCUGGGGUCUGUGGCACGAGCAUCGUGGUACAGUCAGGAAGAUCACUCUUCAGGCUCGGACAGUACUGACCCGUCUGUCCUGGCUCAAAGACCUCCGGGACCUGCAGCAGCGCAGCAAGAUCUCACUGUGGAGUUCACCAGGCUUUGAGCUGAGUCUGACCGAUUCUGCAGCUAAACUGGGACAGACAGUUAAACUGGCCUGCAAGGUCACUGGAUCUCCAAAACCAGUGGUCACUUGGUACAAAGAUGGACUGGUUGUGAAGGAUGACGAGCAUCACAUCAUCUCAGAGGGAAACUCCGGCGCAUGCUAUCUGGUCCUGUCCUCUGUUACUGUGGAGCACUCGGGUCAGUACAUGUGUUAUGCAGCGAGCCCGAUGGGCAAGGCUAGCACCCUGGCCAAGAUCACUGUUUAUGUGCUUCCCAGUUUCACAUCCAAACUUCAGAACACUCCACUGGUGAAAGGAAGAGACCUGCAGUUCCACUGCUCAACCGCAUGCAUUCCUCUUCCUACUGUGAGGUGGUUUAAAGAAAACAAAGAGCUGAAACAUAGCAAGAAAUAUGAGAUUCACAGCGACGCACAGACUGGAGUUCUCAUACUGGUUAUAAAGAAGGCAAGAGAGGCAGACCUGGGCCAGUAUGAGUGUGAGCUGCUGAAUGAGGUGGGUGGUGCCAAGUGCAGAGCGCAGAUGUAUUCUGCUCCGCCCGCUGUGCCCGAAAGACCCAAAGACAAACCAGUCACCCAGGCUCCAGGUAAGAGGCUCCAGACAGGAAAAAAACAGGUAAGAACCUUUAAUUUUAGAGAAGCAGAACCACUCUUUAAUCACUGGAGGAGAUUUCUGGGGAGAGCACAUGCCACAUUUUAUCAAAGUGCUUGGACUUGUUCUACAAUAUGCUUAUUGUCCCUCUUUUCGGACACAGAGCCGGAAUCAGAGGGCUGGUCCAGCGCUAUGUUCAAGAACCUGUUCCAAAUGUUCUUUCAGUCUGAACCCGCCAAAGAACCUGUGGGCAGUUCCAGUGAUACACAACCUGACAGCACUCAGGAGGCAAAGAGGAGACAAGCUGACCUACCAGAGGAAGAGACGCCAGUGGAGUCCAGGCAGACAGAGGAAUACACAGAUCCUCCUGAGGUACAGGUGGCUAUGGAGGACCUGUGUGUAAGACCUGGCCAACCUGCAGCUUUCUCUGCUGUCAUUACCGGACAGCCCAUCCCAGAAAUCAGGUGGUACAAGGAUGGUGUGGAGCUCAUUCCUGAUGAUGAUCACACUGAGUUGGUCCAGAAUGGAGCCCGCUGCUCUCUCACUCUGCUGGAUGUGGACGUCUCUGACUGUGGCACAUACACCUGUACAGCCACUAACAGCUCAGGACACGCCUCCUGCCACGCCCAGCUCACGGUGGAGACAGGUCUGGAGGAGUUUGAGGAGGAGCAGGAGAGGGAGGUGGAGGUGGGGAGAAGAAGGAAGCUUCACUCCGUUUAUGAUGUUCAUGAUGAGAUUGGGAGGGGCACCUUCGGUGUGGUGAAGAGAGUGACCCACCGGGCGAGUGGGGAGGUAUUUGCUGCUAAGUUCAUCCCUUUGAGAAGCAGCACCAGAACCAGGGCCUUCCAGGAGAGGGACCUGCUCUCCCGGCUGGCCCACUGCAGAGUGGCCUGUCUGCUGGACUUCUUCUGCACACGUCGGACCCUCGUCCUCAUCACAGAACUCUGCUCUUCUCAAGGCUUACUGGAUCAUCUGCUGCUAAAGGGCUCAGUCACAGAGAGAGAGGUUCGGAUGUACAUUCAGCAGAUUCUGGAGGGGGUUGGAUACAUUCACAGCAUGAACGUCCUACAUCUCGACAUCAAAACGGACAAUAUCCUGAUUGUGUCGCCGGACAGAGAAGAGAUUAAAAUCUGUGAUUUCGGCUUCUGCCAGGAGAUCGAUGUUUCCAGGCACCAGUAUAGCGUCUUCGGAACCCCUGAAUUUGUCGCCCCUGAAAUUGUGCAUCAGGAACCAGUGAGCCCAGCCACAGAUAUCUGGUCUGUGGGUGUUGUUUCAUACUUGUGUCUGACGGGUCACUGUCCGUUCUUUGGGGAGAAUGAUCGUGCCACCCUGAUGAAGGUGGCAGAAGCAGUGGUAUACUGGGAUACUCCAGAACUCACCAGCAGGAGUGACCAGGCCCUGGAUUUCCUCCAUGCAGUGUUACAGGCGGACCCAGAGAUGAGACCAUCAGCAUCAGAGGGUCUGAGUCAUGAGUGGUUUCAGGAGCAAUCUGAAGAACUUAACAGCAUUGAUACAAAGAAUCUGAAAUCUUUCAUCUCUAGACGGAAAUGGCAGCGCUCUCUCACAUGUCUGGGAUCAGUCCUGACUCUGCGACCGAUCCCCGAGCUCCUGGAAGCUCCCCUGCGUGAUGUUUCUGUCACAACCCCUCGAGACCCUCACGAGCCCAGCAGCACCUCCCUCAGCAGCACCUCCUCCUCCGAGUAUGACGAGGCCGACGCCUGGGGCUUCUUCCAGCAUGCCAGUCAGGAGGAAGAGGAGGGCAUGGAAAGUGAGGAAGAGGAAGAGUAUGACCCAUACGCUCGUCUGCCUGAGAGAACCUCUGGUUUAGAAAGAAAUGAAGAGGAAGGUAUAAAGGUGGAGGAGCUAACUCACAGGGGCAUGGUCGUGAUUCCCAUAAGCAGGACGUCCACUGAGACUCCGACACUGACUCCAGAGCCGGAGAGCACUGAGAAUCAGAAUCAGCCCAACUAUACCAGUGUUGUCCCAAGAAGUACAGUUCUGGGCCACAGCAAGGAGAACGAACAAGAUGAGAGCUUGGACCCUGGAACCCCAAUCCCUCGUGGCCAUCUGAUCAAGAGCACCUUCUACUGCAGCUCCCAGCAGCUUUCCCCCAUAUCUGCUCGUCACAUGAUGCUCAGAGACAAACACCACGGCAAGAAAGUGGAGAGAGGGCGUAAGCCGCUUCGCUCCAGCCUAUCCGGAAGGCUGAACGAGCCACUUAUAGAGUAUGUGGAGGAAUCUCCGGAUUUGGCAGCUGGACGUGGCCAGAGAAGAGGGUCGAUGCAUUCGGCCAUGAUGAAAUCCAGCUCAUUUGACAGCGGUGUCGGUCCCGUUCAGUCCAAUGUCCGCACCAAGAGGAGGAGCAGGUCAUUGGACGAAUCCACAAGAAGACGAGCAUCUUCAGUGGACAAGACAAAGCUUGGAGGUGAAGACGAGGAAGGAAUUGAUUUAGACCAUGAGGAUGGAUCCACCGAUGAAGAAGAAGGCAAAACCCUAGAGGGAACCAUGGAAUCGCAGUUGCCAUGUGUUGCUUCUGAAGAUUCUGCAAAGCAGAGGAACCAGAGAGGUGUUGACGAAGACGUUGAGGCGAUAAGUCAUGAGAAUGAGUGCACCGAUGAAGAAGAAACUCCAGAGAUCCCACCAAGACAAAGACGGACAUCACGACGCUCUUCAAUAGCAUUUCCUUGGCUGAUUCCUGGGGCCUUGACAAAGGUGACGCCACAGAUUCACAGGACUGCCACGGGUGAGCAGCCAAUCAUCUCAGCAACUCGCACAGAUGAAACCCAAUCACAGCAUGGAGAGGAGGAGGAGAACGUAGCUGGCUCACAAUUGAGUCUCACAGGUUCUUCUCUUCUAGAUCAUGACUCUGAGGCUUCCAGCAGAUUGGGCUCUUUUGAAGGUCUCUCAUCCAGCCACCUUCCAAUCUCACAAAGACGGCACAGAGAAUACGAUGAAUCAGAGGAGCGACUCGGCGUUCCAUCCUCUGGGAAGGCUUCUGAGUGUUCUCUCCUACAGGACUCUGAGGAUGAAGACAUGGAGAGGGUUCUGAGGUCCCUUCGCCAAGAGCACCUUCCAACUCUACCAAGACGGCACAGACGAAGCUCAGGAACGCAUGAGGCAAGUGCAAGCAAGAGCGAUAUUACGUUGAGACGAAGCUCCUCCGCUGUUCCAAUACGUCCUUCAACAGUAGCCCCAGAGAAGAAUGGAGAAGGCCUUCAAAGGCAUGCUUCUGCUCCUGUUCUUCAAGCCAAGCCUCCUAGUGGCAAAUCUGCCAAAGCUGGACUCUUGAAGAUCUUCCGAAGGCAGUCCUGGACUGGCCACUCAAGUUCCCAGGCAGAGGGCUCGGGGAAAAGGGUGGAAGAGGAGGGGGCUCGGCCACAGCAGAAGACUCCUCUCCUGGGCUUGAGGAAGAAAAUGAGGGCAUCAGCCUCCAGUAUCACUAAGCUGUUCACCAGACAGUCCAGUAAAGAAGGCAAGGAGGAGAAAAGAGGGCCAAUUGUGAAGAAUCCUGUUCCACCAGAAAAAGCCAGUGUCUCAUCAGACUUCUUUCCAUCAGCUCCAUUCUCUGGAAGCCCUCAGAAAAAGCCCAAGUUCUUCUCUCUCAAAGUGCCAGGCUUCAAAAAGAGCAAAGAAAUGCCAGUCAGGCCAUCUAGACCAGAUAUAAUCCAGCUGGCUGGUGGGGGAGCUCUGGUGUUCUGGAAGCCAGUUCCAUGCAGUGAUCCUGUCGCUUACUGCAUACAGCAUAGUGUAAAUGGUGGAGAGUGGAGAACAUUGUGUGAUAGUGUAACAGAUAGCUGCUACGUAGCCAAUACGCUACCCAGAGGGCCGGGCUAUGUGUUCCGAGUGGCCUGCAUCAACAAAACAGGGUCCGGACCCUUCAGCGAUCCUUCACCACCUGCCUUUAUGACAGCCCCAUAUGAAGACUCUCACACUCCUCUCGUCCUGAUGGAAUCUGUGGGGUCUAAGAUCACUGUUCCAGGAGGCCUGGGCUCGGAGAGAUCUUACAGCUUCCUGUCUGAGAUCAAUAGGGGGCGUUUCAGCGUGGUGGUGCAGUGUGAGGACAGCAGGUGCUCUCGGCUGCUGGCGGCGAAGCUGACCCCGUACAGAUCCGAACAGAGGCAGCUGGUUCUGAGAGAGUAUCAGGUUCUGCGGAGGUUGAGCCACCAGCACCUGGUCCAGCUUCACGCUGCCAUCCUCACCCCAUCCUGCCUGGUGCUUAUUGAAGAGCUCUGCUCGGGGCGAGAGCUCCUCUAUAACCUGGCCGACAGGGAUGUGUACGCGGAGCUGCAUGUGAGCGAGCUCUUGCGGCAGGUCCUGAGUGGGGUGGAUUACCUUCACGGUCGCCACAUCAUCCACCUUGACCUGCGGUCUGACAACGUGCUGGUGACCGACCGCAGCGUAGUGAAGAUCGUGGACCUGGGCUCUGCACAGCCCUUUACUCCAGGACAGACACUCAACAUCGAGCACAUUAAAGAGACAGCAGACAGCAAAGUUUACAUUGUCCUUCCUAAAGCUCCUGAGAUCCUGGAGAAGCAGGGCGUUGGACCUGCUACAGAUAUCUGGGCUCUCGGUGUUCUGGCUUUUAUUAUGCUGAGCGCAGACAACCCGUUCCACUCAGAGCUGAACUGGGAGAGAGAUCGGAACAUCAGGAAAGGAAAGAUCCAGUUUGGACGCUGUUAUCCGGGACUUUCUGAAGGAGCAAUUAAUUUCCUGAAGAGCACUCUGAACAAUAAGGCCUGGGGAAGACCGUCUGCUGCUGAGUGUCUCCAGAACGGCUGGAUACGAGGAGAACGCAGCUACACCAAACCCACAAACUCUCUAGUUUGUUUCUCCACAGACAAACUGCAGGCUUUUCUCAAACAGCGUGAGGUGAAGCGUGACCACGCCCGCACCAAAGCCACGCUGCCACUGUCCUAACACUUCUGAAGUACAGCGCCAACAAUGCUGACCUCUUAAUCAGGAGUAAAUGUGAACAGGAAUGUGCAAAAAUGACAAAAACCCUAUGCAAAAUAUUAAAUAUACAGUUUCACAUGAUAUUUUGGAUAACUUAAUGAUGACUUUUUUUUUUUUUACUUCCAUUGAAAUUUAAGUUUUUGGAGAUACAUGUUUUUCAUUGGAAAGUGUUGCAGUGGGAGUGAAUGGGCACAUACUGUGCAAUUUUAUCUGCAGUAUAUAAUUCUAACCGGCAGACGGUACAAAUCAUUAAACAAAAAUAUGGGGGGCGGAGCCACAGAUUAAACAUCUUACACAGUAUUUAACCAAUUUCAGCUGUAGAUCAUUCAGACAUCCCAAGUUGCAAAAGUUGAUUUCAGGGAGGUUAUCCCCCCCAAACCCUACCCCCCACCCUGCCAAAAAAAAAACUUGCACACACACCAAAGGAUAACGAAACUUUACUUUUAUGUUAAUUAAUUUAACUUUUUUAUAAAUUAAAUUUAGAGUAUUCAGAGGUGAAAUUAGUUGUAUCUUUUUCUUUUUGGAAGGCCCUGCCUCUGCUUUCCUUUUUUUUUUUUGAAAAAAAAAAAGCUUUUAUUUGACAAAAAUUGACAGUUACAAUAUCACAAAAAAUUGCACUUUCUCUCACUCACUGAACAAAUCCUGUCGGGGAGGGGGGGAGAAACACUGCCCGCCCACACUAAAAACUUAUUGGCUGUCUCACAGACUCUUUGCAGAGAACAGGCCAAUCAGAACCCUCUCUGUUUUCUCUCUCUCCUUCCCACACGCGAUUAGCGAAAAAAAGUCUGUGGCCUGUGAGCGCGUUUGGGGCACUCGUUCUGAAUUCCGGGAGAUUAUAUGUGACUCACGGGCAUCAGGGAGCCGCUACAGAAAUGCGGGAGACUCCCACAGCUUCAGAGAGACUUGGUUUGUCUGGAUCAUUUACUAAUUAAGGCUAAAUUCAAUAUGUAUUGUGAAACAAACUGAGAUAUAGACAUAAAAACAGUUCAGGAUUCAGGAGGAAGGCGUUUACUCAAACAACAACUUUAAAAAAGUUUAAAUUGGCCUGAUGUUAUGUGUUUUUUAUAGUGUAGUUGAUGAUGUGAUCUGUGGGUGUUUAAAAUUUUACUCAUAUUGGAUUUUAAAGAGGUUCUUUUUAAGUUACACUGCAGAUAAUCCUUAACAUGUGCAGUAAACAGUGAUUAAGGUUAUUUAUAUACAUUUGCAGCAUUAUGUUCAGUUUCUCAAAGGAUAAGGAUAAUUCUCAACUCUGUCUCUAAAUGAUGUAUUUAAAAUGUGCUGUAAAGGAUUUGACCAUAAUCAUAAUUACAGUAAAUGUGUCUUAAUUUAAAUCUGUUAAUGAGUCAGUCUGACAGAGUGGCACCAUUUACACCAUUUACAUCAGGGAGAGCCUUUCUUAGACUAGUGUGAUUUUGGAGUGGCUGUAUUUUGAUAUAUUGUACCUUCUUUUUUUAUCUGUAUCAUGCAUGAGAUCAGACAUCAUACUCUGACAUCAUAAGCAGUUGAAUUUUGACUUUAUCUUUGCAAUUAAAGUGUGUGGAGUUCAGAACAGUUUCUAUUUAGGAAUUGAUACAUAAAAUGAUAGUUCGUUCAAAUGACUCCUAAAUUUAAGGUCAUUAUAUUAGGCAACAAUCCCAGGUCUACGUUAAAAUGCACAUUAAGUGGUGAAACAAUGAAUGGCUGAUAUUUAAAAUAUUUUAAAACGUGUUCAUUCAGCUUAAUGAUGACUUUUUUUUUUUUUACUUCCAUUGAAAUUUAAGUUUUUGGAGAUACAUGUUUUUCAUUGGAAAGUGUUGCAGUGGGAGUGAAUGGGCACAUACUGUGCAAUUUUAUCUGCAGUAUAUAAUUCUAACCGGCAGACGGUACAAAUCAUUAAACAAAUAUAUAAGGGGGCGGAGCCACAGAUUAAACAUCGUACACAGUAUUUAACCAGUUUCAGCUGUAGAUCAUUCAGACAUCCCAAGUUGCAAAAGUUGAUUUCAGGGAGGUUAUCAUUCAAAUGACUCCUAAAUUUAAGGUCAUUAUAUUAGGCAACAAUUCCAGGUCUACAUUAAAAUGCACAUUAAGUGGUGAAACAAUGAAGGAGACUGCUCCAGUAUGUUUACUGAACUUCAUGUAAAGGGUUUUGUGAGGUUUUUUAAAUGCAUUAAAUUCCAUUUUGGGUUUUGGUUUUGAUGUUUUUCAAUAUAAUAAAGUUUUGCUUCAA